CCCGUUUCAUAAGAGGCCCACAGCUCGAACCGAGAUUUUGCUAGCUCGUCCCUUAAACCCUGAAAUCUGAAUCUCAUCGCUCCCAGUGGGAUAAUACAGUAGUAGAGGAGCAAAAAUCAUGGCGAGGCGUUGCAUGUCGUUUUCUCGAACACUUCUCUCCAGCUGUAGGCCAUCAACAGUAAGUUCCUCACCAAGUGUACAAUCCCUUCUCGGCCAGCGCCUUCAGUCUCGCCGUUCUCUUUCCACCAUUCUCACCAGGACUAACGGAGUGCUGGGAUGCGCCCAAUCGCUCUUACCGCUUCACAGCGCUGUGGCAGCCACCCGUCUGACAUCACACAUUCAAAUGGAGGCGCGCACUUGUUGCCAGUUGUCUCAGGGUACUUAAGGAUGCAUUACGUAUUAGCUGGAAAACCUGCUGUACCAAACAUUUUGGAGAAUUUUCUGUGAACUUUUCCCUGGAAGUACAAAACUGUAAGCUCUAAAUUCAAUUUGAUUUCCUAGUAAUUUUUGGGUUGAUGUUGGAAAUUUCAGAAUUCUUGAAAGCCCUGAAAAUGAUAAUUCUAUAGGAGAAAUUAUAGCAGUCCUUACAGUUUUAUGUUGAUAGAGAUCAUCUCUUCAUUUGAAGUAUUUAAAUUUUUUGAUUGGCUAUCACUAGGUGAUUACUAAUGUUCUACUUUACCAAAUAAACCAAAUUUACAUCUUUCUGAUUUUCUAAUUUGAUUAAAGCCAUAAAAGCAGACGUUAUAGUCUUCUUUAGUUACCA